AUGUCUGAUACCAACAAUAACAAUAACAACAUUCCAAACAGACAAAGUACAACAGCUUCUUCUGCUCAAGCUGCUAAUGCUUCUGUCUCAGAAAAGUCCAUUCCUCUGGAAUCAUCAUCAUCAUCAUCACCACAGAUAAACUUACAAUCAAAAGAAUCUACAAUCGAAUUAACAGAAUCUAAUGAAUUAAACCAAAAAAAUACCCAAGAUGCCCCUGAUACCAUCACAAUCACAGUAGCAGCCGCAGAAAAGGAAAAGAAACGACAAAACUUUGUGGUACGAACUAUCUGGACAAUUGUCAUGAUUGCAGGAUUCUUCCUUAUCUUGGCUGCUGGACAUAUCUGGAUCAUUGCCCUCAUUGUACUCAUCCAAGUCCUUACCUUUAAAGAAGUUAUCAACCUGGCAACAGAACCUUCGCGUGAGAAAAAACUCCCCUGGGUCCGCUCUCUAAACUGGUAUUUUUUAGCAACUACAAUCUACUUUCUUGAAGGUGAAUCCGUCAUUUACUACUUCAAACACGUUGUUCUCGUAGAUGCUUACCUCCUGCCCUUGGCAACUCAUCACCGAUUCUUUUCAUACUGCCUUUACAUUAUUGGCUUUAUCUUCUUUGUCUCUUCCCUCGAAAAAAACCACUACCGAUUCCAAUUCACCCAGUUUUGCAUCACACACAUGACCUUGCUUCUCGUUGUCAUCCAAGCUCACUUUAUUGUUAGAAACAUUUUUUCAGGAAUCUUUUGGUUCUUUGUUCCUGCCGCUCUUGUCAUUACAAACGAUAUCUUUGCCUAUCUCUGCGGAAUUACUUUUGGCCACACUCCACUCAUUAAAAUCUCUCCCAAAAAAACUGUCGAAGGCUUUAUCGGAGCAUGGAUCUGUACAAUCUUUAUGGGUCUUAUCCUCGUCUUCAUUCUCGGCCGUUUCAAAUACUUUAUCUGCCCAAUCUCCGACCUAGGAAUCAAUGCCUUUACUGGAAUUGACUGCACACCAAAUGCUGUCUUCUUCCCAUCUGCCCACCGUAUCCCCUCCCUCUUCCAACCUCUCUUUUUCGGUAUGGACACUGUUGUCUUCCCCACCAUUUACAUCCAUGUCACUGCCCUCGCUACUUUUGCCUCCCUCAUUGCUCCCUUUGGUGGCUUUUUCGCUUCUGGUCUUAAACGUACCUUCAAGGUUAAAGACUUUGGCGAUACCAUUCCAGGACACGGAGGCAUCACCGACCGAAUGGACUGUCAGUUCCUUAUGGGCUUUUUCUCUUAUCUCUACUAUGAUACCUUUGUGGCCUCUCACAAUGUCUCAAUCACCUCUCUGCUCCAAUCUGCAAUUGUCAAUCUCUCCCACGACCAGCAAACUCAGCUUGCUCUUGCUUUGGUCCGUUACCUUGUCUCGAAAAAUAUUCUCGCCGAGUCGGCCAUUGCCUCUAUUGAGAAUUCAGUCAUUUAA